UCUUUUCUCAACACAGCCUCAUGUUAAAACUCAUGGUAGAUGCAUUUCAGGAAAACAGAUUCUAACAAGUAUUGUUGUCCAGACUUAGGUUUGGCCAUUGCAGAUUGAAUGCAAAUCUUUAUAUUAUAGGAAAACAUCCGGAUGGAUUAUGUGAUGUCCUGUUGCUGGCGGUAAUACUUUCAAUCUACCUUAAAACUCAAAUGAAAGAAGAAUUUGAGCGCACUUUCGGCACGUGUUCAAUAUGUUUAACUUCAUUUAUGUUCAUCAUGAGAGAGCAGGUGGAUGUGAUCUGCUGGAAAUCAGUAGGAACUGAUCUGUCCAUGCUGGAUAUUGAUGAUUUCAUCACAGAAAUCUCUCAGCUGAAGAAAGAGGUGACGUCACUGAAGACAAAGCUGAUGGAGAGAGAGGACAGGUUACAGGAGCUGGAAAAGGUUUCCUGUCAAUCUUCAGUGUGUGUGACUGAUGGGACCUCCACAGAAUGUCAGGAUUCAGUGUGGAGCGGCAGAGAUCAGUCCACACCACAGCGACUGCUGGACAAACUCUCUGAACAGAGAUCCAGAGACAUACAGGACUCACAGCUCACUUUACUCUGUUCUACUGAUGGUAAUCAGGGUGAUCAAACCUCCACAGAGUCUCUGACUUCUGUCUGUAACACUGGAGAACAGCAGAUGCUGCAGACACCAGUGAAGAUUGAAGUGAAGCAGGAGGAGAUAAAAGAAGAAAACACAGCAGAGGAACAACAGGGAGAUAAAGAUGUUGAUGAUGAUCAAACCUCCUCUCUGACUUCUGUCUGUAACACUGGAGAACAGCAGAUGCUGCAGAUACCAGUGAAGAUUGAAGUGAAACAGGAGGAGAUAAAAGAAGAAAACACAGCAGAGGAACGACAGGGAGAUGAAGAUGUUGAUGAUGAUCAAACCUCCACAGAGUCUCUGGCUUCUGUCUGUAACGCUGGAGAACAGCAGAUGCUGCAGAUACCAGUGAAGAUGUGUUCAGUAAAGCUGCUGGACUGCAGGAACCUGAUGAAGAUGAGAGGAGAAAUCACAGCAGAAGAACAACAAUGUGAUGAAGAUGAGGAUGAUGAUGAUCAAACCUCCACAGAGUCUCUGACUUCUGUCUGUAACGCUGGAAAACGGCAGAUGCUGCAGACACCAGUGAAGAAUGAAGUGAAGCAGGAGGAGAUAAAAGAAGAAAUCACAGCAGAGGAAGAUCAGAGAGAUGAUGAUUUUAUUUCUUCAGAGCUGAUGGAAGUGAAAGAGGAAAGUCAAGAACUGAUUGAAGUGGAGGAGAAACAUCAUGAUUUCACAACUGGAGAAAAAUCUUUGAGUUACUCAAAGACUAAGAAGAAUUUCCCACCAAAAAAGCCUCAGAGAAGAGCAGCCAAGACAUCUUUAACCUGCUCUCAGUUUGGAAAGAGUUUUACAUGUAAUAAAGAUCUUAAAAUACACAUGAGAGUUCAUACUGGAGAGAAGCCUUACACGUGCCAUCAGUGUGGAAAGAGUUUCACAGAUGCAGCCUAUCUCGAGAAACAUCUCAGCUGUCACUCUGGAGAAAGGCCAUUUGAAUGUGAUAUAUGUGGUAAAACAUUUGCUUCUGCAGAAUACUUAAGACAACAUCAUCUGAUAACACACACAAAUGAGAAGCCUUACAAGUGUUCUUUUUGUGAACAGAGUUUUGCACACAUAUCCUAUUUGAAAGAGCACCAGAAAAUACAUACCGGCAUGAGGACUUAUGUGUGCUUUGAAUGUGGGAAGACUUUUAUUACAGCCAGCCACUUGAAAGAGCAUCAAAUAAUUCAUACUGGAGAAAAACUUUACAAGUGCUCACACUGUGAAAAGAGUUUCACUCUGUCAGAAAACCUGAGAAAACAUGUGAGAAUCCAUACUGGAGAGAAACCUUACAAGUGCUCACACUGUGAAAAGAGUUUCACUUGGUCACACGACCUGAAAAUACAUGUGAGAAUCCAUACUGGAGAGAAACCUUACAAGUGCUCACACUGUGAAAAGAGUUUCACUCAGUCAGAAAACCUGAAAACACACAAGAGAAUCCAUACUGGAGAAAGACCUUACAAGUGCUCCCACUGUGGAAAGAGUUUCAUUACCUCACAACACCUAAAAUCACAUGAGAGAAUUCAUACUGGAGAGAAACCUUACAAGUGCUCACUUUGUGAAAAGAGUUUCACUCUGUCACAAAAACUGAAAAAUCACAAAAGAAAUCAUACUGGAGAAAGACCUUACAAGUGCUCACACUGUGGAAAGAGUUUCACUGAGUCACAAAACCUAAAAGCACACGAGAGAAUCCAUACUGGAGAGAAACCUUUCAAGUGCUCAUACUGUGGAAAGGGUUUCACUGAGACACGACACCUAAAAUCACAUGAGAGAAUCCAUACUGGAGAAAGACCUUACAAGUGCUCACUCUGUGGAAAGAGUUUCACUAACUCACAAAGCCUAAAAACACAUGAGAGAAUCCAUACUGGAGAGAAACCUUACAAGUGCUCACACUGUGGAAAGAGUUUCACUGAGUCUCGAAGCCUGAAAACACAUGAGAGAAUCCAUACUGGAGAGAAACCUUACAAGUGCUCACACUGUGGAAAGAGUUUCACUGAGUCUCGAAGCCUGAGAACACAUGAGAGAAUCCAUACUGGAGAGAAACCUUACAAGUGCUCAUACUGUGGAAAGGGUUUCACUCGGCUACAUUACCUUAAAGCACAUGAGAGAAUCCAUACUGGAGAGAAACCUUACAAGUGCUCACACUGUGGAAAGAGUUUCACUGAGUCUCGAAGCCUGAAAACACACGAGAGAAUCCAUACUGGAGAGAAACCUUACAAGUGCUCACACUGUGGAAAGAGUUUCACUGAGUCUCGAAGCCUGAAAACACACGAGAGAAUCCAUACUGGAGAGAAACCUUACAAGUGCUCAUACUGUGGAAAGAGUUUCAUUACCUCACAAAACCUAAAAUCACAUGAGAGUAUUCAUACUGGAGAGAAACCUUACAAGUGCUCACUUUGUGAAAAGAGUUUCACUCUGUCACAAAGACUGAAAAAUCACAAGAGAAUUCAUACUGGAGAGAAAUCUUUCAAGUGCUCAUACUGUGGAAAGAGUUUAACUCAGUUACAUUCCCUGAAAGCACACGAGAGAAUCCAUACUGGAGAGAAACCUUACAAGUGCUCCCACUGUGGAAAGAGUUUCAUUACCUCACAAAGCCUAAAAUCACAUGAGAGUAUUCAUACUGGAGAGAAACCAUACAAGUGCUCACUUUGUGAAAAGAGUUUCACUCUGUCACAAAAACUGAAAAAUCACAAGAGAAUUCAUACUGGAGAGAAACCUUACAAGUGCUCAUACUGUGGAAGGGGUUUCACUGAGACACGAAACCUAAAAUCACAUGAGAGAAUCCAUACUGGAGAGAAACCUUUCAAGUGCUCAUACUGUGGAAAGAGUUUAACUCAGUUACAUUCCCUGAAAGCACACGAGAGAAUCCAUACUGGAGAGAAACCUUACAAGUGCUCACACUGUGAAAUGAGUUUCACUCAGUUAAAGUCCCUAAAAAGACAUAUUCAUAGAAUUCAUACAGGAUAUGAGGUGUUGCGCUGGGGCAAGUUGUCAGGUGGUAAGUGGUCACCACGGAUGCUUCCAACACAGCAACAAUGGGAAGAAGACAGUAGAGGGAGACAUCUUUUCUCAACACAGCCUCAUGUUAAAACUCAUGGAAAACAUCCGGAUGGAUUAUGUGAUGUCCUGUUGCUGGCGGUAAUACUUUCAAUCUACCUUAAAACUCAAAUGAAAGAAGAAUUUGAGCGCACUUUCGGCACGUGUUCAAUAUGUUUAACUUCAUUUAUGUUCAUCAUGAGAGAGCAGGUGGAUGUGAUCUGCUGGAAAUCAGUAGGAACUGAUCUGUCCAUGCUGGAUAUUGAUGAUUUCAUCACAGAAAUCUCUCAGCUGAAGAAAGAGGUGACGUCACUGAAGACAAAGCUGAUGGAGAGAGAGGACAGGUUACAGGAGCUGGAAAAUGUUUCCUGUCAAUCUUCAGUGUGUGUGACUGAUGGGACCUCCACAGAAUGUCAGGAUUCAGUGUGGAGCGGCAGAGAUCAGUCCACACCACAGCGACUGCUGGACAAACUCUCUGAACAGAGAUCCAGAGACACACAGGACUCACAGCUCACUUUACUCUGUUCUACUGAUGGUAAUCAGGGUGAUCAAACCUCCACAGAGUCUCUGACUUCUGUCUGUAACACUGGAGAACAGCAGAUGCUGCAGAUACCAGUGAAGAUGUGUUCAGUAAAGCUGCUGGACUGCAGGAACCUGAUGAAGAUGAGAGGAGAAAACACAGCAGAAGAACAACAGUGUGAUGAAGAUGAGGAUGAUGAUGAUCAAACCUCCACAGAGUCUCUGGCUUCUGUCUGUAACGCUGGAAAACGGCAGAUGCUGCAGACACCAGUGAAGAAUGAAGUGAAGCAGGAGGAGAUAAAAGAAGAAAUCACAGCAGAGGAAGAUCAGAGAGAUGAUGUUUUUAUUUCUUCAGAGCUGAUGGAAGUGAAAGAGGAAAGUCAAGAACUGAUUGAAGUGGAGGAGAAACAUCAUGAUUUCACAACUGGAGAAAAAUCUUUGAGUGACUCAAAGACUAAGAAGAAUUUCUCACCAAAAAAGCCUCAAAGAAGAGCAGCUAAGACACCAUUAACCUGCUCUCAGUUUGGAAAGAGUUUAACGUGUAAUAAAGAUCUUAAUAUACACAUGAGAGUUCAUACUGGAGAGAAGCCUUACACGUGCCAUCAGUGUGGAAAGAGUUUCACAGAUGCAGCCUAUCUCGAGAAACAUCUCAGCUGUCACUCUGGAGAAAGGCCAUUUGAAUGUGAUAUAUGUGGUAAAACAUUUGCUUCUGCAGAAUACUUAAGACGACAUCAUCUGAUAACGCACACAAAUGAGAAGCCUUACAAGUGUUCUUUUUGUGAACAGAGUUUUGCACACGUAUCCUAUUUGAAAGAGCACCAGAAAAUACAUACCGGCAUGAGGACUUAUGUGUGCUUUGAAUGUGGGAAGACUUUUAUUACAGCCAGCCACUUGAAAGAGCAUCAAAUAAUUCAUACUGGAGAAAAACCUUACAAGUGCUCACACUGUAGAAAGAGUUUCAGUCAGUUAAAAUACCUGUCAAUACACAAGAGAAUCCAUACUGGAGAAAGACCUUACAAGUGCUCACACUGUGAAAAGAGUUUCACUCAGUCACACGACCUGAAAAAACAUGUGAGAAUCCAUACUGGAGAAAGACCUUACAAGUGCUCACACUGUGAAAAGAGUUUCACUCAGUCAGAAAACCUGAAAACACAUGAGAGAAUUCAUACUGGAGAAAAACCUUUCAAGUGCUCCCACUGUGGAAAGAGUUUCAUUACCUCACAAAACCUAAAAUCACAUGAGAGAAUUCAUACUGGAGAGAAACCUUACAAGUGCUCACUUUGUGAAAAGAGUUUCACUCUGUCACAAAAACUGAAAAAUCACAAGAGAAUUCAUACUGGAGAGAAACCUUACAAGUGCUCAUACUGUGGAAGGAGUUUCACUGAGACACGAAACCUAAAAUCACAUGAGAGAAUCCAUACUGGAGAGAAACCUUUCAAGUGCUCAUACUGUGGAAAGAGUUUCAAUGAGCCACGAAACCUAAAAACACAUGAGAGAAUCCAUACUGGAGAGAAACCUUUCAAGUGCUCAUACUGUGGAAAGAGUUUAACUCAGUUACAUUCCCUGAAAGCACACGAGAGAAUCCAUACUGGAGAGAAACCUUACAAGUGCUCACGCUGUGAAAUGAGUUUCACUCAGUUAAAGUCCCUAAAAAGACAUAUUCAUAGAAUUCAUACAGGAUAGUCUUAUCUAAUUAUUGUGAUGAGUCCUCUCCACCAGAAGAUGGCAGCACCUCCAAUCAUUAGACUACAUGCACGUAUUGGUGGUGUGAUGUUGUACAACUCGCGUCAUGAGAACAUUUUAUAUAUGUACUGUAUUGUUGUUCUUGUGUUCCAGAUGACCAGGUGCUGAUGUGGGCAGAACCCCACUAAAUGUGAACCUUUGCAAAAGCAAUGUGCUGAAGUUGUUGUUUUUUUCCCCCAUGAGAUAGCUGUAUAAGGUACUAAUUUUUACAACCUUUGUUUUUUGGAGUACAUACACUCACUGAUCACUUUAUUAGGAACCCUAUAAUAAUACUGGGUAGGGCCUCCCUUUGCUCUGAAAACAGCCUCAAUUCUUCAUGGCAUAGAUUCCACAAGAUGUUGGAAACAUUCCUUUGAGAUUCUGGUCCAUGUUGACAUGAUUACAUCACACAAUUUCUGCAGAUUUGUUAGCUGCACAUUCAUGCUGCAAAUCUCCCAUUCUACCACAUCCCAAAGAUGUUCUAUUGUAUUCAGAUCCGGUGACUGGGAAGGCCACUGAAGAACUGUGAACUCAUUGUCAUGUUCAUGAAAGCAGUUUUAGAUGACUUUUGCUUUGUGACAUGGUGCAUUAUCAUGCUGGAAAUAGCCACUAGAAGAUGGGUAAAUUGUGGCCAUGAAGGGAUGCACGUUUAGUAACAAUACUCAAAUAGGCUGUGGCAUUCAAAUGAUGAUUGACUGGUAUUAAUAGGUCCAAAGUGUGCUAAGAAGACAUUCCCCACACCAUUACACCACCAGCCUGGACUGGUUGCACAAGGCAGGUUGGGUCCAUGCUCAGAAUAUUGGAUAUGAGAUACAUGCUGUUGGCACCAAAUUCUGACUCUACCAUCUGUGUGCCUCGAGAAAUCGAGAUAUGUCAAAUCAGGCUACAUUUUUCCAGUCUUCAACUGUCCAGUUUUGGAGAGCCUGUGCCCACAGCAGCCUCACUUUCUGUUCUUGGCUGACAGAAGUGGAACCCGAUGUGGUCUUCUGCUGUUGUAGCCCAUCUGCCUUGAGGUUCGACUUGUUGUGCAUUCUGAGAUGCUAUUCUACUACAGAGUGGUUAUCUGAGUUACCAUAGCCUUUCUGUGAGCUCAAACCAAUUUGGCCAUUUUCUGUUAACCUCUCAUCAACAAGGCUUUUCCGUCCACAGAACUGCUGCUCACUGGAUGUUUUUUGUUUUUGGCACCGUUCUGAGUAAACUGUAGGACUGUUUGCGUGAAUAUCCCAGGAAAUCAGCAGUUACAGAAAUACUCAAACCAGCCCAUCUGGCACCAACAAUCAUGCCACGGUCAAUCACUGAGAUCACAUCUUCCCCCAUUCUCAUGGUUAAUGUGAACAUUAACUGAAGCUCCUGACCUGUAUCUGCAGGAUUUUAUGCAGUGCACUGCUGCCACAUGAUUGGCUGAUUAGAUAAUCACAUGAAUAUGUAGGUGUGCAGGUGUUUCUAAUAAAGUGCUCAGUGAGUGUAGUUUUCUAUUCUGACUAGUGGUGAUUGCUUUAAAGGAAUAUUCCGGGUUCAGUACAAGUUAUAGCUCAAUCAAAAGCAUUUGUGGUAUAAAGUUGAUUACAACGAAAAACAACUUUGUCUCAUCAAUCCUUUAAAAAAAAAAAAAAAAGAAAAUGCAAAAAUAGAGGUUACAGUGAGGCACUUGCAAUGAAAAUGUAUGGGGACAAUUUUUGGAGAAAUGUGAAGUUUAUAAUGUUAGAAAAGUACUUUUCUGUAUUAUUUGAGCUGUAAAGUUGUUUAAAUCAUUGUUUUACUGUCGUUUGAGUUACGUCGUCAUUGCUACAAAGUUGUAAAAUUGGACAGAACUGUACACAAAAAAGGUUAGAAAGCAGUUUUAUCAUGCAUGUUGUUUAUGCCUUGUGGCUGUACUUGUGAAACAUUGAGUAUUUUAAUGUUUAUGGAUUGGAAGUGAUUUUUUGUUGUUUUUUUUGGGGCUUUUUUAUAGAAAAGGAGGGAUGAGACAAAAUCUAUUUUGUGAUGAUAAACAUGACACAAAUGUGAUCAAAUGAGCUUAAAGAUAAAAAUAAAAAUUCUCUCAUGAUUUACUCACCUUUAAGCCGUCCCAGAUGUUUAUGUCUUUCCUUUUUCAGCAGAGCCGAAAUGAAGAUUUUUAUAAGCACAUUUUUUAGAAUUUAGAAUAUAUUAAAGUAUAUCUUUUUUACCCACCUGGUACACAGUACUGUAUCUCAUGACAAAUUAAAAAAAAAGUCCAAUACCUUUAAAUUGUAAAAAUUAAACCAAAAACUAAACUUUUUAUUUAAUUUUUGAAGUAUUCGUAACUUUCAUAAUUACUAGGUUAAGCUUGCUUGGGUGCAAGAUAUUGUCUUAUAAAUGCAUGUAAUUUGUUGCUCUAGUCUCCACUAGUGUUGGAAAUUUGUGGAUCAGCUGCUUUCAAUUCAUGAGCAUAAAUACCAUCCCUCUCUAUAAGAUCAAACUAUAUAGAUGGAUU